AUGAGGAUGGAGGAGCACAACUUCACAGUGGUGACCGAGUUCAUUCUGCUGGGCAUCACAGAUCGUCCUGAGCUGCAAGCCCCACUCUUUGUGCUGUUCCUCAUCAUCUAUCUGACCUCACUGGUAGGCAACUUGGGCAUGAUCAUCCUCACCCAGGUGGACUCCAGGCUGCAAACACCCAUGUACUUUUUUCUCAGGCAUCUGGCUUUUACAGAUCUUGGUUACUCUACAGCUGUGGGGCCAAAAAUGCUGGUAAAUUUUAUUGAGGAACAAAGUAAAAUCUCCUAUUACUUUUGUGCUACACAACUCGCUUUCUUUCUCCUGUUCAUUAUUAGUGAGCUUUUUAUUCUGUCUGCCAUGUCCUAUGACCGCUAUGUAGCCAUCUGUAACCCUCUUCAGUACACUGCCAUCAUGUCACCAAGAGUAUGUUGGGUACUAGUGAUGAUUCCCUAUCUCUAUUGUACAUUUGUGUCACUUCUGGUCACUAUAAAGAUUUUUACUUUAUCCUUCUGUGGACAUAAUGUUAUCAGUCAUUUCUACUGUGACAGUCUCCCCUUGAUAUCAUUGCUCUGCUCAGAUACUCUUGAAAUAGAGGUGAUAAUUUUGAUCUUAGCUGAUUUUAAUUUGAUUUCUUCUCUUCUGGUGGUCCUCGUGUCCUACUUGCUCAUCUCUGUGACCAUUCUCAGGAUGAAUUCUGCAGAAGGCAGGUUCAAAGCCUUCUCCACUUGUGGUUCCCAUCUGACCAUGGUCACAAUAUUCUAUGGAACAUUGAUAUUUAUGUACAUGCAGCCCAAGUCUAGUCAUUCCUUUGAAACUGACAAACUGGCUUCCAUAUUUUAUACGUUGGUCAUCCCCAUGUUGAAUCCACUGAUCUAUAGCUUAAGGAACAAAGAUGUAAAAUAUGCUCUUCAUAGGACAUUGAAAAAGAUACACAAAUAUUUUUCUUCCAAGUCUAGUAAAAUAUAA